ACCAGUUGUCAAUGUGGCAGCGAAGGAAAGUUGUGGGAGUUUAUUUUUCUCUGUGAAAAUUUUUCUUCAUUUUCCUUUAUAUUUCCCUAGUUUAGUGAUAUAAAUUAAAUACGAAUGCAAUAAAAGUAUACUGGAAAUUGCGAUGGCAACAAAAGAAACCGUCGUUGUGGAAGAUCUGGUGAAAGAGCUGAAGAGAGCAACAUUGGAAGAUGGUGAGACUGCAACUCCGGUUUUGGCCAAAAUUUCCGCAGCAGAUCCCAAAAUGUAUGAGGAAGUGGAUCUGGCGGAACCCCUGCACAAUCUUCUGUCCACCACAUCAUCCGGAUGCGAUGGGUUACGUGCUCAGGUGGCCAAAUGUAUUGCCGAUGUAGCCAAAACUGCCAGUCAACGGAAGAGAUUCACAUCCCGGAAUACCAUUGGGAUCCUCCUGAAUUUCAUUGCUGAAGCCCACAAGACGGACAAAAUAGCCCUCGUUACGCAGUCUUGCAGGGCAUUGGGGAAUAUUUGCUACCUCAAUGAUGAUGCCAGGAAUAUAAUUGUGGAACUCAGUGGGGAUGCGACAUUGGUGAAGUUGCUGGAUGUGAAGGUGAAUGCAACGGAUGAUGCUGCUGCCAUGGAGCAAUUUAUCAAGGUACGAUGUGGGGUGUUGUCAAAUUUUAUUCUGGGCGGGGAAGAAUUUGCCAAGAAAGCCAUGGCAUUGGGGAUAAUGGAGAAAUUGGAAGCAACCACGGAGGCGGCAUCGAAGGAGAAUCCCCUUCCGGAGGAUUUGCUGACCAACACAUUGCCACCAUUGAGUAUUCUCACGGAAAAUGUGUCCGAUCUCAAAUUCAGCGCCACCCUCAAUGGGAGCCUCGUGCGUAUUUUGGGUGCAUCCACAAACCCAGACUUGGCGGAAAUGUGCCUGGAAUUGCUGCACUACCAAGCGGAGUACGAUGAUGUGAAGGUACUCCUGGCCAAGGAGGGGCUGUGUGAGACAAUCUAUCGGCUCUUGGAAAAGUACAAAACCUUCGCGAGUAGCAAUAGUGAUGCUCGUGCUCUUAUGAAGUCCGCAUGUGAUCUCAUUGUACUUAUCCUCACGGGAGAUGAUUCCAUGAACUAUCUCUACUCCACUGCCUUCCUCACCAACAUGGAGGCAUGGUUGGGUGCUGAGGAUGUGGAUUUGGUGACAACGGGUGUGCUGGCACUGGGGAAUUUUGCACGCACCGAUAGUCACUGCAUUGACAUGGUGCAGAGCAAUGUGAUGCAGAAAUUGCUGGAGAUUCUGGCCAAGAAUAAUGGGACGACGGAUGAUAUGAAUCUACAGCAUGCCCUACUGAGUACCCUGCGGAAUCUCGUGAUCCCCAAAGUCAACAAGACAGCUGUCAUUGAAGCGGGUCUCGUGAAGAUUCUGCUCCCAAUGCUUGAGAUUCAUACACCAUGGGUGGUCUUUAAGCUACUCGGGACGCUCCGGAUGACGGUUGAUGGGCAGGAGAAGUUAGCGCUGGAGCUACUGGCAAAUGAGAAGCUCAUUAAGCAGCUGGUGGCGUGGAGCAACAUCACCGAUCAUGCGGGUGUUACGGGAGAAUCAUUGAGAUUGAUGGCGUGGCUGAUAAAGCACGCCUAUGCUGUUCAUCGGCACGAUGGGGAUGCCAAUGCUCAGCCAUUUAGGGAAGAUCACACUAGUCUUGUUCACUUUGCACACACGGAGGGGGCUGUGGAGAGCAUGGUGCGCAUGCUGACGUCACAACACCUAGUCAUGCAGAAUGAGUCACUUAUUGCCUUAAGUAUCCUCCUGAUUGUCUUCUCCGGCAGCACUGCAGAGCAGCAGCAGCAGCAGCGUCCAGUUGAUCUGGAUGCACUCCUGGUGGCGGCAAAUGUGGGCGGAAGACUUGCGGAGCUCAUUUCACAGCGCGCCGACACAAUGACAAAGGAGAUUGUUGAGAAUUUGCAAUCUGUUGUGGCUUUGCUCAGGAAAUCCGAUGCUCUGGCUCAGCACAUGGCACAGCACAAUAUCGAUGAACUCCUCAAAUCAAUCCCAAUCAUUGUGGAGUACUGCACACUGUAGGUAAGUAAGUAGCAAGUAUAGAGACAAGCCAGCCGCUCCUCCUUCUCCAAUAAAAACAAAAAAAAAACAUUUUAAACUCUUGAGCAAGAAAUUUUUAGCGAGAGUGUAGUGAUUUUUUCAGUGUUAGAAACAUUUUUGCAUUUAAAACUCUUAACAAAAAAAACUCUUAAAUUUUUUUAUCACUGUACUUUUUCUCAUUAUAAAUUUAAGAAAAAAAAAUAAAAAUAAAAAAGUCAAUCUCAAAAUGCUUUUAAAAAGAAAAUAAAAUUUUUCCUCUUUGAAGAUUUUUGUAAUUCUUACAAAAUUAAAUUAAAAAAAAAACUUCUUGAAUAUUUAACAAAAAAAAAACUUAAAAUUAGAUUUUAAAUGGAAAAACUGGAAAAAUUAUACUUUUCAAUUGAGAGAAAAUUGAAACAUCGAAAAUCCUAUGAAUAGUUGCAAUAAAUGUCUAAGAGUUAGUAAG